UGGGCUCCUGGCCUCAGAAAGCUGCAGAAGGCAGUAUUCUGAUCUGUAUUCCCAGGAGGAUCUGUCACGGAUCUGACCCCUGCUCCCAGGAAAGCCCAUGUCACCCCUAGGGAAAGGGCAGCACAUCGGGCAGUUAGCUUGCCCCCUACCCCCACCCCUGCAUCACGGCAGCCUGGGAACCAGAGGCCUUGGGUACAUAUGUUCCCUUGCCCCAGUGGCCGGUCAUGAGCACAAUCCUGAAUUUCAGGUCUGUAAAUCACUCAGUGUCAGGGAGUUCAUACAAUCUGUCUUCCCAUCGUGGUCAGCCUGCUCACCCCUGCCCCCCCUCCUGGAGUCUGGCUCAAGGAGGGGCUUGGGCUUAUAUAGGGAGCUGCUGUGGGUGGGGCUGGCCAGAGAGGUUUCUGCACUGAAGGUGAGGAGGGUUCUGGGAAUUGACAGGGCAUGGGAACUGAGAGCAACAAGUGCCCAGUAAGAGCCCAACUUCCCUAUUCCGUAGGAGGCUCGCUGCCAGGCUCUGGGACCUGGGGCAUGUGGGUCUCGGCCUGGGCUCUUCAGCAAGUGAGCAUCCCCUGAUGGCCGGAGCGUGGAGUGGAGAAGAGGGUCUGCUGGGUCUCCCUCCCUCCCAACUGCUGUCCUGUCUCAUUCCUGCUCCUUUUCCCCAGCAGGAAGAUGGCGUCUGCAGCAACAGAGGAAGAGAAGGGGUCUCCUGUGGUGGUGGGGCUGCUGGUUGUAGGCAACAUCAUUAUUCUGUUGUCAGGCCUGGCCCUGUUUGCCGAGACAGUGUGGGUGACAGCUGACCAGUACCGUGUGUACCCACUGAUGGGCGUCUCAGGCAAGGAUGAUGUCUUCGCUGGCGCCUGGAUUGCCAUCUUCUGCGGCUUCUCUUUCUUCGUGGUGGCCAGCUUUGGUGUGGGAGCCGCACUCUGCCGCCGUCGGUCCAUGAUCCUCGCGUACCUGUUGCUGAUGCUCAUCGUCUACAUCUUUGAGUGUGCCUCUUGCAUCACAUCCUACACCCACCGUGACUAUAUGGUGUCCAACCCGUCCCUGAUCACCAAGCAAAUGUUGACCUUCUACAGUGCAGACAGCGACCAGGGCCAGGAGCUCACCCGCCUCUGGGACCGGGUCAUGAUUGAGCAAGAAUGCUGUGGCACAUCUGGCCCCAUGGACUGGGUGAAUUACACAUCAGCCUUCCGGGCAGCCACUCCGGAAGUGGAAUUCCCCUGGCCCCCUCUGUGCUGCCGCCGGACAGGGAACUUCAUCCCCAUCAAUGGAGAAGGCUGCCGAGUGGGCCACGUGGACUACUUGUUUACCAAGGGCUGCUUCGAGCACAUCGGCCAUGCCAUUGACAGCUACACAUGGGGCAUAUCGUGGUUCGGCUUCGCCAUCUUGAUGUGGACACUCCCUGUGAUGCUGAUAGCCAUGUAUUUCUACACCACUCUCUGAAGAUGAGGGGGAGGCCAUGUGUUCACCUCUGCCUGAAGAUCCUGCCUCUCAGCCACACCCGGACCUCCUCAAGCUCCUCCCACCCCAACCUCGUGUGUCUCAGCCACAACUUGCUCCUGCCCACUCCCUCCAUCUUUCCUUCUUGCAAUACCAAGUCCUGUUGUAGGUGUGGGAGCUGCCCUGGACCCCAGCUGUGCCCCAGGCCCUGCUUUUGUGGGCCUGGACCCCUGUGGCCCUGUGUCACUUGGCAGAUCUGGUUCAUCUUCCUAGGGACAUCAAAAUGUCCUGUCCUCGGAGGCCCUUCCAACUGUUCCUGACAACCCAUCAUGCACCUCUCUUGUGGCUUCCGAAAUUCUUGCAGGUGUAGUCGUUGUUGCUCAAUAGCUUGUAUAAGCUCUAGUAGACCUAGAUUGCUGAAAGAGGAGGGACACAUUCUGCUGUGGUCAUUGUGGGGUCUCCGUCAUCACCCAGCGUAUGUCUAAUAAACACUGGCUGGCUG